AACACGCUGUAAAAGUGUAAACACAAAAAAAAUCAUUCCAUCUCUCUUCUUCUCCAUCUCCUUUCUCUCUCUACAAUUCACUCCAAAAUCAAUCACAGAUUCACAAUGAGCUCCGUUUUCCACCUCCACAGAAACGAAUCCCUCCCUCUCUCGCAAUCCGAGGCCUCCUCAGCCCCGGGGAUCCGCCGCCGCCUCUCCUCCCUCUCGCUAAAUCUGAAGAUCCAGCCGUCCUCCUCCUCCGCCGCCGCCGCCUGGGCGAUGCGCCGCUCCAAAUCCAUCUCCGCCAUGGGCGAAUACGCCGGCAGCUCGGUGCGGAGGUGGUGGGGAUGGGGAUGGGGCUGGAUCCUCGCCAGAAAACCUACCUUCGCCGCCGAUCUGGAGAUGAACGAGGACGAGGCCGCCGCGAUCGGCAGCCACAGCAGGGGCAGCUGGCGCCACGUCAUCCACAAGGUCGCGUCGCAGCUGCGGCGCAAGCUGCGAGGAUCGGACGGCGUCGGCCUGCCGCAGACGUUCCGCUACGAUUCGUUCAAUUACGCGAAGAAUUUCGACGACGGAAGGUCCGCCGCUUCUCUCAUUCACUGAAUCUACCGUUCCGAUUAUGUUGAUAUAUCAUAUAUUCGCUGCUGUGAUUUCUGUCGACUGGAUUCAUUCAAUCACGCGUUGUUUGUAGCAUAUUAUGUGAAUUUGUAUGAUAUUCUUUGAAUUGAUUGAUUAGUUUGGUUUGUAAUUGGUGGAAUUUUGAAGAUAAACGCGUAAUUGUAAAAUGCUCGGCUACAGUCUGGAUUCGGUUCUGGCCGUCGGUGCAAAAUUUAUUUAUUUAUUGUUGCCUAUGUCGGUGGCACAUUUUUGCUAA